AUGACCACGUCGCGCUCAUCACUCGUAAGAGUCGAACAAGCAUCCGAAAGGUCAAAUUCCAAGUUGCGAUUUAGCGUUCCCCCAAAUAAAGGAAUCCAGGAGUAUCGGACUGUGUUAUUAGUUACUUAUUAUCGUCGUCGUUGGCGUAGCAGUUACAUACUAAAACAUGUAAUCGGAAAAUCUUUACUCAACCUCCGAUUGUGA